ACGGCACGCGCAAGGGGGAAUCACGGACCGCGUGGCUGCUUCCCGGCUCCUCGGAGGGAGCGGGGGCGGCGGUGGGAGCGGAAACAGGGCUCCGUGGCUCCCCCACGUUAAAAGCUGCGAGCGACGCCGGGGCAGUUAGGCCUCCGCGCGCGCAGCUCCUCCCCAGGGAAACUUACUGGGCGGGGAGUCCCCACGGGCUGGGGCCGGGAGAGCGGCGGCGCCGCUCUCACUGGGAACGGGCAAACCCAUCCCACGUGGAGCAGCGCGCUAAAGACGCCUGCAUCCAGGCAGAAAGUCUCCUUCCCCGCCACAUGUCCCUCCUUGUGCGCGCUUCCCCCCGGGGCUGUUCACGCCCGAGCGGCUGCGCUCGUCCCGCGUGUGCCCCGCUGCGCCCAGGGAGGGGGAGGAGCGGGGUGGGGGGAGCGAGGCGGGGGAGGCGGAGGGGAGUUGGUGGUUCCACUGCAGCGGGGGCUCCCUGUGUCCUUGUGCGGAAAUGACACACGGAGUCCCGUCACGUCACGCGAGAGCGCAGCGCACGGACACACACACAAAGAGAGGGGAAAAAACACGGCACCCGCCACCCCUGCCAACUCCCCGGGCCGCUCUCGCCGGGCCCUCCCCCCCACUUCUCCUGUGGAACCCCCCACUCCCCGGCCCCGUUCCCCAACACGCGCAGCGCCCAAACUCGGCUGGGUCCCGCUCUUGCAAAGUACAGAACUCGUCCCAGUGGUACAGAAGAUGAACUCAGCUGAAUUCAGUGAUGAUGAAGAAGAAGUUAUAAAAAAUAAUCCUGUGAAAGUGGAGACUGAAGCUGGGGAUGCUGUGCUGGAUUGUUCUGUGACCUCUAGGAUUGCCGAGAAGCCCCCAUCGGAUGGCUCGUUUACGUCCCUUCAGGACUCCAGCAAGCGGAAGCAGACUGGAAGUGAUGGCCAUGGAGGCCAGCAGGACAUUUUACCUAGUGUGAAAAAAAGGCGUCUAAUACCUGAGGCACUUCUGGCUGGCAUGAAGAACAGAGAUACCAAUUCACCCAACCAGGGGAAUGGAGAACAGGUCAAUAAAAGCAAGAGCUCUGGCAUUGGGUGGCUUUGUGAAGAGGAACCUUUAAAUGAUGUAACCACCCCCUCAUAUAAAAAGCCUCUUUAUGGCAUCUCGCACAAGAUCACUGAGAAGAAGAACCCUCCUGGGGGAGACCAGUUUACCAACUAUGAACUCUAUGAAAAAGUCACCUCUGCCAAUAGCCCGUCACCCCUCCGGCUCUUGAAUGAGCAAAGGAAACGAGACUCUAGCAACACUACUCCAGUGGCUGUGGUCACCGGGGCCGACAACGACCCGAACAUCUACUCGUUGAUUCAGAAGAUGUUCUACACUCUCAACACUCUGAAUUCUAACAUGUCCCAGCUGCACAGCAAAGUGGACCUGCUCUCCCUGGAAGUCAGUCGGAUCAAGAAGCAGGUCAGCCCCACGGAGUCUGUGGCUGAGUUCCAGCCGCCGCCAGAGUACCAGCUCACCGCAGCCGAGCUCAAGCAGAUCGUAGACCAGAGCUCAUCAGGAGGGGACCUGGCCUGCCGCCUGCUGGUGCAGCUCUUCCCGGAGCUGUUCAGUGACAACGAGUUCAAUCGGAGCUGCACCACCUGCGGCUUCGUGAACAAGAAGAAGCUUGAGUCUCUCCACCUUCAGCUCAUCCGAAACUAUGUGGAAGUCUGCUACCCCUCGGUGAAGAACACGGCCGUGUGGCAAGUGGAGUGCCUGCCUCAGGUCAAUGACUUCUUCAACCGUUUCUGGGCCCAGCGUGAGAUGGAGAGCGGCCAGCCGAGCGGCCAGCCGUCCGGCUUUUACGAGACCGAGCAGGUGGAGCCAGCCCACUUCCUUGAGGACAAAGAGCAGGAGGAAGCCUUGCCCCUGGAGCGCAGCAGCACCAUCGCCUCCGACAUGGUCUUAGACGCUCAGGAUCUCAAUGAGUUCUUGGAUGAGGCCUCGUCUCCUGGGGAGUUCUCCGUCUUCCUCCUGCACCGGCUGUUCCCCGAGCUUUUUGACCAUCGAAAGCUGGCAGAGCGGUACAACUGCUAUGGGGAUGGCGGCAAGCAGGAGCUAGACCCCCAGCGCUUACAGAUUAUCCGCCGCUACACAGAGAUCUAUUUCCCUGAUGUUCAGGAUGAGGAGGCGUGGCAGCAGCAGUGCGCCCAGAGGAUCAAUGAUGAGCUGGAAGGCCUCUGCCUCGAUGGCAGCGAGUGCGAGCAGUUGAGGGACGACUGUUACGAUUCCUCCAGCCUUCCCGACGACGUGUCCAUCAUCAAAGUGGAAGACAGCUUCGAGUACGAGAGGCCUGGCCGGAGGUCCAAGAAGAUCUGGCUGGUGCCCAUUGAUUUUGACAAACUGGACAUCCCCCCUCCUGACUUCGAAGUGCCGAUAUCUGACUAUCUGCUCAACAAGGAGCAGAUCCGGAGCAUCUAUGAAAGCAGCUUGUCCAUUGGGAACUUCGCCUCUCGCCUCCUGGUUCACUUAUUCCCUGAACUGUUCACUCAUGAGAAUCUGAGGAAACAGUAUAAUUGCAGCGGUUCUCUAGGGAAGAAACAACUCGAUCCCUCCCGGAUUAAGCUCAUUCGGCACUAUGUGCAGCUCUUGUACCCCAGGGCCAAGAAUGACCGGGUGUGGACGCUGGAGUUUGUCGGCAAGUUGGACGAGAGGUGCCGUCGGAGGGACACAGAGCAGAGGCGAACCUACCAGCAGCAGCGAAAAGUCCUGGUGCCAGGCCUGGAGAGGAGGGACUUCAUGAACUAUGCAAUCAACCCUGAGAGGUUCCGAGAAGAAUUUGAAGGGCCCCCGUUGCCUCCAGAAAGGAGUAGCAAGGACUUUUGCAAGAUCCCCUUAGAUGAAUUGGUUGUCCCUUCCCCAGAUUUCCCUGUGCCUUCUCUCUAUUUGCUGACUGAUAAGGAGGUGAGGGAGAUCGUGCAACAGAGUCUCUCUGUGGGCAAUUUUGCUGCCCGGCUCCUGGUCAGACUUUUCCCAGAACUCUUUACCACAGAGAACCUCAGACUGCAAUAUAACCACUCUGGUGCUUGUAACAAGAAGCAACUUGACCCCACCCGACUACGACUGAUCCGCCAUUACGUCGAAGCUGUUUACCCCGUGGAGAAGAUGGAGGAGGUGUGGCAUUACGAAUGUAUCCCCAGCAUUGAUGAGAGAUGCCGGAGACCCAAUAGAAAAAAGUGUGACAUCUUGAAAAAAGCCAAGAAAGUGAAGAAAUGAUAGGAAACUAUUCAACCUUUAAAACUUGGGGUCACUAAGUUCCUAGUGAAGGGCACACUUGGAAACUCAGAUGUUAUUUUUUAGCAUUGCUGUGGCAUCCACAGGGGUGCCCACUUGCAACAGUGGGAAGUGGCUUACUACAUUUGCACACUUAGAGACCUACUAAAACACAAGCAACAAAAAGCUUUGAAUUUUUUUUUCUGGCCCUGGUCCAAAAUACAUAUGCACUAAGUUCCCUUAGUGCUCAGGCAGACAGACUUGGCUCUGAGCAAUAAUUUUCCAACCUAGGAUGGAAGUUUUUUUUACUCCUUCCUUUUUAUGGUUUAAAUGGCAAGUUAAGCAUCUGUAUUGUUCCUCUCCCCACUUUUGCAUCUUCCAUUUUUAUCACUUUUUAAAAAUUAAACAAGAAAAUAACAAAAAAAAAAAUCAUUGAGCUCUUUGAGGGCAAUUUUCAUGGGAAAAAUAUCUUUUACACAGUUGAGCUGAAGUACUGUAACCAGAAAUUUUCAAACUUAGGAUUUUUUUUUAAACAACAUUUAAAGAUUUUUGUAAUCUUUGGAAGUGCCAUGCUUGUCAUAGCUGAUCUCAGCAUCAGGCAUGGCAUAUAGGCCAUGGGUCCUGCUGUCCAUGUCUCUAAUACUUGGUUUUGGCAUGGCCAAGAUAACCACACUGAUGUCAGUAGGGUGAAACUGCCCUUGUUUUUAUUUUCACUGUGAUCAAUAAGGUUUAGGCAUGGUGUAAAUGUGUUUUCUUUUGUGCCCCCACACUCAAUAGAAUGUUAGGCUCACUUAUCUAUAGAAAAAAAAAAAACACUGGAUGAUGAUAAGAAUGUAGACAAAUAUUGAAACCCACAUUUAGAGCACCAUCAGAGUUUUAGGUUUCCCUUUUUUCUCCCCCUUAUUUCACAUAGGGAAAGGAAAAAUACUUUUCCUACAUUUCCUGUGUAGUUGCAUUUUGCGGUUAGGUUCACUAUUCUGCCUAAAAACAGCUCCCUUUAUGGGGACAAGAUGAUACCACUUGCAUUUCCUAAAAAUAUCUGCCUAUUUUUUAUAUAUAUAUAAAAAAUUUCAGAAGGCAGACUCUGGAAACAGCUUGGUGAUUUCAUGUCACAAAAUCUCAAGAGUGUGAGGAGACUUCACCACACCUCAGUGGCUGCCUCGGGAAUCCAUCAAAAGAUCCCAACAUUUCAGGGCCAGCUUGAUGCCUGCCCCAGAGCCUCUAUAGUUUGGGACAGUCCUGCACUCUCUCUCAAACUCUAUAUCCCACUUGCUUCCCAAGAUCCUCUUUGAAGUUUUCCUGUGGUCUCCUUAAGUUGAUCUUCUCUUUUAGUGCCUGGUUUAUUCCUCAUUCCCACAUUUAUGUCAGUAGAAUACUCUCCUGUUUGGCUGUCUAAUGAAGAAAAAUUCCUCUAGCUUCGUGGCAUGCUAUUCAAGGAGUUAUAACCUUCAGAGACCCAGAGUAAUCUAUAUAAAAAAAAGAUGCUGUCACCUCUCUUAGAUUUAUGUGGCCAAAUACUUAAGAAGAAAAGGGGACCUCCUACUGAAAAUUGAAUAGGCUAAACACAAAAUUAACAGAUUGCAUCCCCCAGUCUUUAUGAAAUUCUUGUGAAGUUUUUAAAAUGUAUAAUUUUUAAAGUUUAAUAAUACAUUUUGAGAGGCAGUAUGGUCUAAGGCUUGCCUCAGGAGUCUGGAAAGCCCUAAUUCAAAUCUUGUCUCUCAUAUGUUCCUCCCCCCCACAAAAAAAAAAAAAAGUUAAAGGAUUUUUUUUAAUCUGGAAUUUUUCUUGAAAUUCACAAUUAGUUACAUCAGCUAUCCAGCAGAGUUUGCCUUUUUGUCUGUGACAGUUAUCAGUUUAUCACAGCAUCUGGAAUUGGAACAUUGAUUAUGUGUAGUUGUCUUGAAUUUUGAGGGAUAUGUUGUUCCCUGCCACUCACAAACAUUAGAAAUGAUCCCUAAAUUAAUAAAGUUUCAGUGUACACAAAGACUGUCCAAAGCACAGAAGCAUACUUUCUGUGUGUCACGCUUCAGGAGCAUCAACAGCCAGGGGGUUGCCCUGGGAACCACCAGUGCCAUAAUUGCUUUUAUUUGGGCCUUUCUGGUACACCUUGGCCUGCUCUAAGGAUUGUGGAUUGCAUAUCCCUCCCACCACCAUCAGUCCUUAGUGAAUUAGCUUAGUAGAAUUAUUGAGGACUCUAAUGGGGUGCCUGUCCUCUGGAGCUCUUCUGGAGAGGAUCCCAAGGCCAGUGAAAAUUAACCUUGUUUUUAGAAGAUGGAACAUAGCCCAGUUCCUCCUCCAGGGGUCCAGUCAUUUAAUAAUCCAUUUUAAAAAUACUCAUCUGCUCUGUUGUUGAUUUUAAAAAAAUUUUUUUAAAAGAGAAAUUAGCAGGACACAGGAAUCAAAUAAGCUUCUUGGAAACUUCUGAGUUUUAGUCUUCUUUCCAAGUCCAUAGUGAGCUUACUCUCCUUUAUUGUCUUAAAUGCCUAGGAUUUUGCCUUCUAGAAAGCAAUCAGAAGGAAUAAAUUUCAGUAUAAAAUCAUAGAUAAUUCUGGGAAAGCCAUUUCUUAUCUCUCUUAGCCAGGAAAUGCCUCCACAUCCUUACUCAACCCUUUUGUAUGGUGUCUUCUGUGUUGUCAUCAUCAGGCUGCUCCAGUCCACUUUUUAUAUUUAAGCAAUAGAAGUACAAAAUACUUGAUAUUUCCCCAGGAGUUUAGAAGCAUUCUGACACCUUUUUGGCAUUCCUUUUUUGCUUCUAAUUUUUUUUUUUUUUUAAAUAAUCCUCAUUUCAAAGGCCAAAAGAAUUAACAGUUAUUUGCUAUAGUUGGUAACAUUCACUCACAACCAUCACCUGAAUGUUUGUGGCAUCUAAAAAGAAUGUACAAAGAAAGUCAUGAAUGUAAUUUAAAUUCUGCUAGGCUGUGUCUACAGGAUCACAAUCAAACAGGGAAUAAAAAUAUGCCCUGUGUAAUAGGUGCUUUAAUGUCUAAGUAAGGGAGCAAAUCCCACUCUGUCACUGUUUACUUUUUCACUUUUUUUUUUUUUUUGUAAUGGUGGUGGGGGUAGGGUGAGAAAAGAAAAGGGAAGGAAGGAGAGCAGGAUUAAUCAUUAAGCAAUCAAUUGGAUUUAUUCUUGGGGGGGGGGGGGCGGGAAUUGAAUUGGCAGUUAAAAGUGGUAAGAAUAAUUGGGUUGGCCGUGGUCUGGUUAUUAUGGACCUGAAAAUUGUGGCCUUUGUUCCCACUUUGGUCUCUGAAUGUUUUAUUUCAUGUUUGUUUAGGGGUGGGAUAAGGGUGAGAAGAAAACCUUCCGAUUGACUGUGGUCAAGUGAAUUCUCACCUUAUGCUUCUGGGCAGGCAAAAAACUAAAAACAAAAACAAAAGCUUGUCUGUGUAGAUCCAGCCUUAAUACUUUCUGACAUCCUAGAUACAGCAGACCAUUCAUAAAGGGGAUGCCAGAGUAAAAACAUUCUGAAGAAAAAUAAAAACAGUUUUACCAAAGAGAAUGAACUGAUAUCACAUAAUGGCUGCAUCUUCCUUCUGAUUCGAGUGCAUCUUUAGAAAUCUGAAUGUAACACAAACCCAGGACUGUUUUUUGUUUUUGUUUUUGUUUUUGUUUUUUGGUAAUUGUAUGCUCUCUAGUAACUUUGUGUGAAUUUUUAUACAAGCAUUGUUUUAUGGGUUAUAUAAAAUGUCAUAGAAAAUGCAUAGAGUCUUGCAAUCUAGUGUUUUAAGUCUGGAGAGCGGUUUGGGGAUUUCCCUCCCAGUCUUCAAGCCAUAGGUCAAUGAUGUAUUAUCUCAAGUUUAUUUUUGCCUUUCCCGUUUGGCCACUUGCUUAACACCUGUACCAAAGAAUAUAAAAAGUACUUGGUCAUUCUUACCAAUGGGGUGCUUUGGAAUCUAAUACCUGGUGCUGAUUAAACACAAUUCUUCUAUUUUGGUCACAAUUAAGUCUGACACUUCCCUGAUAGAGGUGAGCCAGAGGAGUUCAUUCACAGAACACACCCUUCAAGGCUGCUUAUAAGCCACCUCCCUAAUGAGCCAUUAAGGGCAAGGCUUGUGACCUCUUGGUCACAUGCCCAGCCAUUUCUAACACUUACAUUGCA